AUGGCGGUGAAAAUCGACAUGAGUAAAGCGUACGACAGAAUUGAAUGGAACUUCUUGGAAAGAGUCUUAGAAAAUUUGGGUUUUCACCCAAACUGGGUAGUGUGGAUAAUGGAAUGCAUCCGCUCAGUGUCUUACUCCUUUCUCGUAAAUGGAGCAGCUCAGGGAAGGGUAAUCCCCACAAGGGGUAUAAGACAAGGAGAUCCACUCUCACCCUAUCUCUUCAUUCUUUGUACGGAAGUCCUCUCGAAACUCUGCGAUAAAUCCUUGCAAGACGGGAAAAUGGCGGGAGUCAAAGUGGCACGAGGCUGCCCUCCAAUUAACCACUUGCUUUUCGCGGACGACACAAUGUUUUUCACCAAAACAAAUGUGUCUAGCUGUCAGGCGUUAAAACGCAUCUUAACCGUGUAUGAAGGGGCAUCCGGCCAGUGCAUCAACCUAGGGAAGUCGGCAAUUACCUUUUCAUCAAAGAAACCUAGCGAAGUGAAGACUAGAAUAAAAGCUUUCUUUAACAUCGAUAAUGAGGGAGGCGAUCCGACAACGAUCAAUUGGCUGGACCACGAGAUAUCUAUCAAAGACGGGAAAGCAAGUGCUACUACAAGCAGUGUUAGCGGCUUUGCCAACAUUCAGAGUGUCUUAACGCACUUUUGGUGGGACGUAAAACCAACGGUUCACAAAAUCUGUUGGGUCUCGUGGAUUAGACUUACGCGGCCAAAAGGGGCUGGAGGUUUGGGUUUCAGAGAAAUCGAACAAUUCAACGACACUCUCUUGGCAAAACUUGCUUGGAGGCUUUUGAAGGAACCCCACUCUCUCCUAGCACAGACGAUGCUUUGUAAAUACUGCUUAAAAUCCUCUUUCUUGGAUUGCACGGCACCCGCCUCAGCUUCUCAUGGCUGGAGAGGGAUACUUGCGGGAAGAGAGGUUCUCCGUCAUGGUCUGGGUUGGGUUGUGGGAAAUGGGAAGGAUAUCUCUGUCUGGUCAGAGCCUUGGCUAAGUCUUGAGAGGCCAACGGCUCCUGUAGGACCGCCUACCCAAGCAAAUUUCAACCUAUGUGUAGCGAACCUAUUACUGCCCUCCUCCACAGAAUGGAACAUUCAAAUGAUCAGAGACCAUCUGCCUCAGUAUGAGGAGGUUAUUAAGUCCAUUAUUCCUAGCGACUGCAACAUGAAUGAUGAGUUGGUGUGGCUGAAGGAUAAAUCUGGGAAAUACACUACAAAAUCAGGGUACGCAUUAGCAAAGAUCAACUCUGAGGCUGACCCUUCUGAUCAUUUUGACUGGAAGAAGCGGAUAUGGUCCCUCAACACCUCCCCGAAGCUCAAGCAUCUACUCUGGAAGGCAAACGCUGGAGCGCUACCCGUUGGAGCCGCACUACAAAGCAGGGGAAUUGAUAUUGAUGAUAAGUGCAAACGUUGUGGAGCUGUUGAAACAGAGAUAAUGUCUUGCUCCACUGCCCUUUUGCUACCCAAGUGUGGAACAAACUCCCCUGUCUCCAUGCCCCAUCAUCACUCCAGCAACCUCCCAUGUCGGUACCGGAUCUUCUUGACAUUUGUAGCAGAUUCGGAAAUCCUCAAAGACUCUAAAGCUUGGAGAGAAGCUCAGGAGUCGGGAAAAUGUAUUUCGUUGCCACAGAAUGUGGAUCUCUCUCGCCAUGUGUCUAACCCCCAUGUACCCCAACUCCCUCUUGUAGCAGGAUCCUCGUGGAGCGUCUACUCUGAUGCUGCUUGGGACCCUAGAACCGGAAACUGCGGUAUGGGCUGGCACUUCAGCGACAGCAUGGCUUCACCAGCAGGAAGCAACUCCUCAAAACGUCGUUCAGUCCCCUCAGCCCUUGUAGCAGAGGCAUUGGCGUUAAAGACCGCAAUCUCCGAAGAGGUCAACCGUGGCAUUGAUUCUCUUAGAGUGUUCUCUGAUUCCAAAAGCCUCAUCUCACUUCUUGUCACCAAGAAAAACCACACUUGGAUUCAAGAAACACUCUUCGAUAUUCACUAUCUAUCUAGUUCUUUUAGUAACAUAUCUUUCCAUUUCAUCCCGCGUGUGGGAAAUACUCUAGCUGAUACUCUUGCGAAAUCAGCGCUGAUAUCCUUAAUCAACUCUCCGUCUGUGGAUGAGUAA